AUGCCUUCGGCCCUCACGUGGAUCAGAAUCCUCCUUCUAGGGACUCUUCUUGCGGCAGUACCAGCUGCCGUAAUAUCGACCACGGCUUCUCCCAGCACCAUCUACAGAGUAGCAUUGUCUCGAAUCAGCUCGCUUGUUAAGACACCUUCAAGGCCCGUUGCAGUACAGCAAAGCACCAUCAGCCUCCCACAGAAGCAUACGAACGCCACGAUGGGUCGAACCCCAGUCUAUUUUUUGAGCCAUGGCGGCCCCAACAUCAUGGAAGAUGUAAAUCACCCAGCCUACUCCAAACUCCAGGAAAUCGGCAAGGAGAUCACCACCAAAGUCAAGCCUAAAGCCGUCGUAGUCUUCUCCGCCCAUUGGCAAGGUGAUUUCAACACCAUCGAAGUCAACACAGCAGAGAGCAUGGGACUAAUUUACGACUUCUACGGCUUCCCAGCUCACUACUACGAGUUCAAGUAUGCCAACGUUGGAAAUCCUGAGCUGGCCGAGAAGAUUCUAGGCAAGCUCCAAGACGCCGCGAUAAAAGCAGAGGGCGUACGCAGAGGACUCGACCACGGCGUUUGGGCUAGCUUCAUGUGUGCUUUCAGUCCGGAGAAGAAUCCGCUGAAUGUGCCCAUUGUGCAGGUCAGUCUGUUCGAUACCGAGGAUCCCGAUAAGCACUAUGCGCUCGGGAAGGCGGUGUCUUCGUUGCGGGACGAGGGUGUGCAGAUCAUUGUGUCAGGCAUGGCGGUGCAUAAUCUCAGGGACUUGUUUCGAUCCUUUGGACAACCUGGCCCGUUGGAUUAUACAGUCAGCUUUGACGAGGCUUUAAGGGAUGCUGUGGAGCAGCCGCCUGAGAACAGGCAGAAGGCUAUGUCGGAGUUGUUGAAGAGGAAGGACGCGAGAAAGGCUCAUCCAAGCUUCGAGCAUCUGCUGCCAAUUCACAUUGGUGCUGGUGCAGCGCACGAAGAGAAAGGCGAGAGGCUGUGGACUAUGCCGGAGGGAAGUAUGAGCUGGGCGCAGUAUCGUUUUGGCGAUGUGGCCGCUGCGACUUGA